AUGUUAACUAAAACAAUAUCAUUUUACAACCUCUCCUUCUCUGGUUUGAUACAUCAAACGCAGGGACGUGCAUGUGGAGAAACCACGUCCUUUUGGUUUGAUUGGUGGAAUCCACUUGGACGUCUAUUUGAGAUAACUGGGCCACGCGGAUAUAUAGACUUGGGUAUCCCAUCUGAUGCCACUGUAGCAUCAGCCGUGGUUAACCGGAACCGACGAAGGCAUAGGACGGAGAUUCUUAACAGAAUAGAAGAGAGACAAAACCAGGACAUCUCUCUUUGGCAAGAGACCAUUUAUUUUUCUCUUGCAGAUACUCUGACACGAUCUGGAGAACUCUCAUGGGCAACCUCCUUGCCAAUGAUUACUCAACAGAUUGGGAUCAGCUUAUCCAGAUCCUUCACCAGCACUCACCGGACCGUAUCAAAGUGGUUCGCUACGAGACCUUAG